UCAUGCCUGAACCAGCCAAACCCGCGCCCAAGAAGGGCUCUAAGAAGGCCGUCACCAAGACCGCCGUUAAGGGAGGAAAGAAGCGCAGAAAGUCCAGGAAGGAGAGUUACGCCAUCUACGUGUACAAAGUGCUCAAGCAGGUCCACCCCGACACCGGCAUCUCUUCCAAGGCGAUGGGCAUCAUGAACUCUUUCGUCAACGACAUCUUCGAGCGCAUCGCCGGUGAGUCGUCUCGUCUCGCGCACUACAACAAGCGCUCCACCAUCACGUCGAGAGAGAUCCAGACCGCCGUGCGUCUGCUGCUGCCCGGUGAACUCGCCAAACACGCCGUGUCCGAGGGCACCAAAGCCGUCACCAAGUACACCAGCUCCAAGUAAAACGCCGCUUUCAUCCGCCGCACACAAAGGCUCUUUUUAGAGCCACCCAUGACGUCACUAAAGAGCUUCUAAUAUUGGAUUUGUAGAACUCGUGUUGAAACUUUACACGUAUCGUUGAUAAACAUUAAUAAUCUUUUAUUAUACAUUAAUAAUCUGUCUUGUAUCUUAAAUGUAGAAAAUUAGUUUAAAUCCAGAUUUCAGAGCACACUUGUAUUGACAUUAUAGGUGCAGAACAAUUGAAUGUUUGUGUAGUGUGUCAACAGAACUCAUUGUCUUGAUCUCGACAUAUAGGCCCAGAUACUCAUUUCUUUUCAAUUCGUUUGUACAACUUCUAACUUCAAGUUUUAAGAGAGAAACUUUCUUUACAUACACAGUUCUUCAAAAGUAAGAAUAAGAUCAUUUAAAAGUUUUUUGGUUGACGUCAAAAUUGCGUUGUUUAAAUAAAUGGUUAAGGGAAAUGUUGUGGAUUUAACACAAAAUGAUUCAAAUUAAACAUUUAAACCACCGCGAUCAUGCGGACUACAACAUAUUUUCAAGUUGUAGGUGUUUAUUUGGGAUGAAUUUGUCACCUCACAUGAUCAGUAUAAUUGUGUUAAGAAUAUUGUCUUUUUAUGUAACUCAAUUAUUCAGUUAUUCAAUUUGCUUGUAUUUAUUAUGACAACGUCACAAUUACGUCACAUCAUAACCAAAGGGAAUCUGGAGGCGGCCAAUACACACUAACACAUUACACGAAGGUUACAUUUUUCUACAACUUUCAGUGUGAGAGUAUGCUUCUGCAAUAAAAAUGUAUUUAUUUUAAGGCUUUGAACACAUCUUAACCAAGGGUGCCAAUAAAUAUGGAGGGCAGUGUAUGUAUUUUCACAGUUCACUUCAACACAAAUAUUUGUAUUCAUCAUUGUUUCUGUUCCCUGUUUAUGAAGAAAAAGAGCUUUAAUUUGAAUUCAUGUUCUCAAACCACCACAUGAUUCAAAACAGUUUUUCAAAAUGUUUAAUUUAACCUUCAAACACGUUUACUAAUGUAUGUAGUGAAACAGAUUAAAACGUCUUUAUCUAAAAGCAUU